UGCAUACAAACCAAGAACACGUCGUAUAACAUUCUCUCUCCCCUUCUCCUAUUCUAUCCUCUCAACGUUACGACGUUGAUACUCCCGUGGUUUUCCGACGUUCAGUUUGCGAUUGCUUUUGCAUCGAGAAAGAAGUGUUUCUGUUAAGUAUAUUUUCGUCCAAACUCGUUAUUCGUUGUGUUGCGGAAUAACACGUGAGGAAUGGAAUCUACAUCAAGUUAUCUAUAAUUAUUUACACGGUUUGUGCUUCCAUGCAUAUUUUAAACCCGGAAGAUUUGAUCGUGGUAAAUAACAGUGUGAUAAAGCAACAAACAAGAAAGAGAUUAUAGUUCAUCAUUGUCAUCGAAUUUUGAUUAUCCAGAACUUUUGGACGAUUGAACAAAUUGGACAAACAUGUUUCAGUUAUCGUUAAAGAUUUUACUUGCUGUGUUGAUGUUUGUAAACCUAGCAUUUACGGUUCCCAUUGAAUCGGAAAAUAAAGCUAUCUUAACCGAAGUAAAAAAUAUAAAUCAAACGAAUACACAGCACAUGGAUCAAAAAAAUCAGACAGAUCAUCAGAAAGAAUCUCUUAAGGACAUUGAAAGGAAUUCGACGAUCGUCAAGAAAGAUCAAGAUACGUCCUUGAAUGAAAGGGCAUCAUCAACGAAGGGAUUACCCCCAACGUUACAGAAUGUAAGCGAAUCACCGAUUGGGCUGAAUCAUACUCGUCAAAAUACGACGAAACGACCAGUCGAAGAAACAACGCCAAUUAAUGAAGUAACUGAAAUUCAAAAACUAAACAAUUUUACCGGUGAGCAAAAGAAUUUGAAUCAGUGUUGCGUAACUCCACGCGACGAAGAAGAUAUUACCACCAUUGAAACGGUGCAGCAGGAAAAAAUUAAUUCAUCCGUUAAUAACACUGUCUUAGAAAGUGCAUUUUCGACCACAUCAAAAAGCGUCACUACAGACAAUGUUAUUUCAUCAAAAAUUAUUCCAGUCUCCAAGGACGUAAGUAAUGACACAAAAAAGACCGAUAAUGACGUUAUCGAUCAAUUAAAAUCAACGAUGUACGAAACAAUUCCUCCUGAAUUGAUUAACGCGACCACGGAGACAAACAUGAUAUCAAAGUCCUCCGAGAUAACUAACGUGUCCUCCGAGAUAACCACCGUAUCUUCUGAGAAGGAUCAGAUAAAAGUUGAAAACAGUACUGUAACGUUAGAAAAGAAAAAAGAAGUAGAACAAGUAGGAUUAAGCCUGAAAAGCAAAGAAUCUAUCAAUAAAGAAGAUAGCAGUGGAAGUAUGCCACCUGGUAUUAUUGCAUUGGUAACAGCUAUCACAUUUGCUGUUGUGAUCAUUAUUGGAUAUAUCAGUAUGGUUAUCUGGAAGCAAUAUCUCGAACGCAAAUAUGGACGUCGAGAAUUAUUGGUGAACGAGUUGGAAUUCGAUACGAACGAUUUGAGACAUUUUGAGCUCUGACUUUGGGAAAGCAAGAAUGGUAUAUCGUCUGAUGUAUGUUCGCUGAGUCAUAUGCUGAUCA